AUGGGCAGGCCACGAGGCCCUUCCAUCCAGUGGGUGCUGGGGUCUGACUGGCAUCUCUCCCUGCAGGCCUACAACAUCCACGUGAAUGGGGUGUUGCACUGCCGAGUGCGUUACAGCCAGCUCCUGGGGCUGCACGAGCAGUUAAGGAAAGAGUAUGGCGCUAAUGUGGUCCCAGCCUUUCCCCCAAAGAAGAUCUUCACACUCACCCCAGCAGAGGUAGAGCAGCGACGGGAACAGCUGGAGAAAUACAUGCAGGCUGUGCGGCAGGACCCGACGCUGGGAGGCAGUGAGACCUUCAACAGCUUCCUGCGCAAGGCCCAGCAGGAGACACAGCAGAUACCCACAGAGGAGGUGGUGCUGGAAGUGCUGCUCUCCAACGGCCAGAAGGUCAAGGUCACCAUCCUUACCUCGGACCAGACGGAGGAUGUCCUUGAGGCUGUGGCCUCCAAGCUGGAUCUGCCAGAUGACUUGGUUGGCUACUUCAGCCUCUUCCUAGUGAGAGAGACCAAGGACGGAGCUUUCUCCUUUGUGCGGAAGCUGCAGGAAUUUGAGCUGCCGUACGUGUCCGUCACCAGCCUGCACAACCCCGAGUUCAGGAUCAUCUUGCGCAAGAGCUACUGGGACUCCUCCUAUGAUGACGACGUAAUGGAGCAUCGUGUGGGAUUGAACUUGCUGUAUGCGCAGACGGUGUCGGACAUUGAGCAUGGAUGGAUCCUUGUCAACAAGGAACAGCACCGGCAGCUGAAGUCCCUGCAGGAAAAAGUCUCCAAGAAGGAGUUCAUCCGCCUGGCACAGACCCUGAAGUACUAUGGCUAUCUCAAGUUCGACCCCUGCGUCACUGACUUCCCUGAGAAGGGAUGCCACGUCGUCGUCAGUGCUGGCAACAACGAGCUCAACUUCCAGGUGCGGCUGCCGAGUGAGCAGAUCAAGGAAGGCAGCUUCAAGGUCACACGCAUGCGGUGCUGGCGGGUCACAUCCUCGGUGCCGAUGAGCAAUGGUCCUUCUGGGAGCAGCCCAGGGAAGUCUGAGGUGAAGCUGGAGUUGGCUUUUGAGUACCUAAUGAGCAAGGACCGGCUGCAGUGGGGUACCAUCACCAGUCCACAGGCCAUCAUGCUGAGCAUCUGCCUGCAAUCUAUGGUGGAUGAGCUGAUGGUGAAAAAGUCUGGAGGCAGCAUCCGCAAGAUGUUUCGCCGGCGGGUGAACGGGGCCCUGCGGCGCUCAGCCAGCCCGCAAGCUCUGAAAUCGCCCCCACUGCUGGACUCGCCUGAUGCCUCCCGGGAGCCAGUGGCCAAACUCUCGAGCAAGCUCACCUCUGUCAGCCUGCGAGGGAUCAGCCACUCCAGCUCUGCUAACGAUGUGGGCGCUAAUGAAUUCCAUGGCAAUUAUGCCUUUGAGGGCAUUGGUGAUGAAGAUCUGUAGUGCCCCACCUUCCUAGGCCAGCACGGCCCAAGGGCCUUCGCUGAGGAAUGUACGACCUGCAGACAGGUUGCAAUCAACGUGCCUCUCACCUGCUAUGUCCACCUUCCCCUGCUCCCCUGGGCUGGGGAGCUCACCCCCAGCCCACCGUUGCCUUCGGGGUGGGGGCAGCUGAACUCCUCCUGCUGCUGGCUCCAGCUGG